UCCCCUGCGGCGCGCGCUUGGGGGCGGUUGGUGGCCGUUGGUGACCGUUGAUGGCCGUUGCGCCCCCUCAGCCGUGAGGGGGCCCGCGGGCCAGGCAGGGCGGGGGCUCGCUGCGGCCGGUGCUGGGGCAAAACCCCCGGCUCCGGAGGUGUAGGGGACGGUUUGGGGGCUCACGGUUCCGUAGCUGGCAGCAGAUAAAGGAUGCGGAAAAUCUCAUGUGCACACGUUUCAGGAGAAAAAAGUUAAAAUUUCGAGUUAGCUACCUGUCUGUGCGCUUACUAGUUCAAAACGCGGCCUGUCAGAGCUGUGGAAAUGAUUGCAUCUUUGUGAAAUGGCUGCUGAUUUGGGGGGGAUUAUAUGUUUAUAUUCUGAAUUAUGUAAAUUAUGGAGGUGCUUAACAUGAGCAAAUACAAACUUUUAUGUUUCAUAAUAUGCUUUUAAGUCACCAUGGAAAAUCCAUGUGCACAGUGCGAGCUUAGCAUCUUGCCCAGUAGUCUUAGACAGGGACGAUGAGGGGCUGCAGCCCCCCGGCUCCAGCUCACCUGUUGCAGGUGGGCUCUGGUGGGAACUCGCACCCCACACAGUAGCUGCAAGAUAGACUUUUCAGCGCACAGAAGCUGAUGGUAAUUUUUAAAAUUGGAUUCCCAUGUAAAGGCACUGAAUUUGCAGUGUCAGCGAUGGAAGCACCAACUCAUAGCACCGUGCACCUGAGCGACUGGCAGAAAAGUUACUUUGCUCUUACCUCUGGCACCUGCACGCCCGCACAGAAGGCUGAUGAAUACCGUGCCAAAAUUCUGCGUAUUCAGUAUGCAUGGGCAAACUCAGAGAUCUCUCAGGUCUGUGCUGCCAACCUCUUUAAAAAAUACGCAGAGAAAUACUCUGCAAUUAUUGACUCUGACAACAUAGAGACUGGCUUGAAUAACUACGCUGAAAACAUUUUGACUUUGGCAAAGUGUCAGCAAAAUGACAGUGACAAGUGGCAAUCUGCCUUGACAACAGAUAAUGUAUUUGAAUUAAAGUGUGUGCAGGAGAGGAUGCAGGCUGGCAAAAAUUUCCAAAGCACUCAGAUGGCACCGACAGAUGCCUUUGUACCAGCCGGUAACGGGGUCAGUGCUUCUGCCACUCUGGGUCUUCCUAGACUCGGUGUCUUCAGCAGUGUUGCCGAGAGUGAACGCUGUGCUGGCUCAUCAAAAUGUGCAAGUCGGGGCCCGGAUCUCCUUGAACAUCCCUCAUCUUCAAAGUCUCUUCAAAGCAGUCUGCCUCCUGUGACCAAAACUUCGGAUAUACCUCCUGUCUCUUCUGUGUCCCUAAAGGAACAGGUUCAUACAGGUUUCCAGGUAACUCCACUGUUUGGAAAUAAAGAAAUGGCAAGCAGCAGUUCUCUGAAAACGUCAGGUGGCUGUCAUGACGGGCAGAAUUUGUCUCUUCCCAGUCAGUCGGCUGUACAUGCCUGGUCUGGGAAAAGAAAAGCGUUUUAUGGUUUGGCUGAUAAAGGCAGCGCUGCACCUUCUAUCCUUGCUCCGUGCCAGCCUUCCGUUAGUACAGAAGCCAGUAGUUUUUCAGGGAAUAGGAACAGAAACGAGGAGAGCGCUGCUCCUGGUUUUAGAACGGCAAAAGAGCAGCUGUGGGUGGAUCAGCAAAAGAAACCUCAGAGCCUCCACCAGCGUACACCAGCCUCGUCGUACGGAGGCGUAAAAAAGUCGCUGGGUGCUGGUAGGUCUCGGGGUCCAUUUGGCAAGUUUGUUCCUCCAGUCCCAAAACAAGAUGGGAGUGAAAACGGAGGAGCACAAUGUAAAGCUCACGCACGAGGGCCGCCAGAUCCAGCACUUCCUGUAGAUGAGCGCCUGAAGAACAUUGAACCAAAAAUGGUGGAGCUCAUUAUGCAUGAGAUCAUGGACCACGGCCCCCCCAUCAACUGGGAUGACAUUGCUGGAGUCGAGUUUGCUAAGGCUACGAUAAAAGAAAUAGUAGUGUGGCCGAUGCUGCGGCCAGACAUCUUCACGGGGUUACGUGGUCCUCCGAAAGGAAUUCUUCUCUUUGGCCCCCCCGGGACUGGGAAGACGCUCAUAGGCAAGUGCAUUGCGUGCCAGUCCGGGGCUACGUUUUUUAGCAUCAGUGCCUCUUCUCUGACUUCCAAGUGGGUGGGUGAAGGGGAAAAGAUGGUCCGCGCGCUGUUUGCUGUGGCACGAUGUCAGCAGCCGGCGGUGAUUUUCAUCGAUGAAAUUGAUUCUCUGUUGUCUCAGCGUGGGGAUGGGGAGCAUGAGUCUUCGAGAAGAAUAAAAACCGAAUUUCUGGUCCAGUUAGACGGGGCAACAACCUCCUCCGAAGAUCGUAUCCUGGUAGUUGGAGCAACGAAUCGACCCCAAGAAAUCGAUGAAGCUGCCCGAAGGAGACUGGUAAAGAGACUGUACAUUCCUCUUCCGGAAGCCUCAGCGAGGAAGCAGAUUGUGACUCGCCUCAUGUCAAAGGAGCACAGCUGCCUUAGCGAGGAGGAGAUUGAGCUUAUCGUUCAGAAAUCACAUGGGUUUUCGGGGGCAGACAUGACACAGCUCUGUCGGGAAGCUUCUCUGGGCCCCAUCCGCAGCCUUCAGUCCAUGGAUAUCGCGACCAUCCUGCCGGACCAAGUGCGGCCCAUUGCCUUCGUUGACUUUGAGAGCGCCCUCAGGACCGUGCGGCCCAGCGUGUCCUCGAAGGAUCUAGAGCUGUACGAAACCUGGAACCAGACCUUCGGCUGUGGUAGAUAACUGCAUCGUGACUGCCUUGCAGUUCUUUAGCACUGUCAGGUGUUAACACCGUGACAAUUCAGUGUGCCUGCGCUGCUUCUUGUUUCUAUCCGUCUCUGUAAUAAAUCUUGUGAAGUUACGCAGCCAGACGUCUAGGUGCUGGCCUGAGGUUUAGCUAACUGGAAAGAUGGAGAAACUGUGAGGAAAUUACAGAUAGCCACUGUGAAGGGUGGAUGAAUUUCACCGAUGUUCAAGGGGGAGAUGGGCAAACUUUCCGUGUAAUUGAAGGGAGCACUGGGGGUCUCCUGGGGGAGGGACCUUGCAGGAGGAACCUCCUUCUGAGGGUGUGAAGAGGGGGUGUCCAGUAAAUGGUGUUCUUGUCUGACUGAGCCCUGCACAGAUCACUGCAGUCUAAUCCCUGUUUUUCAUUAAAUCCUCUAACUGUUUUCCGUUUGA